AUAAGGCCAGUUUUCACAUUGACAGCAGGGACAGCUCUGGAGAAGGGUGGUGCUACAACAGGGAAUGUACAAUAGAGAUUUCACCAAUAGAUAUAUACAGCUUUCUACAUGCUCUGGUGGUCCAGGAGAGGUACCAUUCCCACAGAGAUCUUGGCUCGGCUUGUACACCUGCUGCAAAUGCAUUUUUCAUAAAGUGUCAGACAUUUGUGAGAGACUGGAGCAGAACAACACAGGAACUGCCCUGCAGGCUCGGGAGUACCAUGCCGCCCCACUCUGCAGUCAGUGUGUGCCAUGUGCUUAUGCUGGUGCUGUGUCUGUCUGCGGCUGAGGACUUCGACUGGACAAAGAACAACCACGGCUCCUUCUAUUAUGGCACUUUUCCAGCUGGAUUUUCAUGGGGUGCAGGAGGUUCAGCCUAUCAAACAGAAGGAGCCUGGGACAAAGAUGGAAAAGGCCUGAGCAUCUGGGAUGUGUUCAGUCACAAGAAAGGCAGGGUCCAACAGAAUGACACUGGGGAUUCCUCCUGUGAGGGCUACUAUAAAAUCAAGGAUGAUGUUUCUCUGAUAAAGGAGCUGAAGCUCAACCAUUACCGUUUCUCGAUCUCCUGGCCCAGAAUCAUUCCCACUGGCAUAAAGUCUGACCAUAUAAAUGAAAAAGGAAUACAGUACUAUGAUCAACUGAUUGACCAGCUCCUGGACAAUAAAAUCACUCCCAUCGUUACACUUUAUCACUCGGAUCUUCCUCAGGUUUUGCAAGAGAAAUAUGGUGGGUGGCAAAACAUAAGCAUGAUCAAUCAUUUCAAUGAAUUUGCAAACCUGUGCUUUGAGAAGUUUGGCAGCCGAGUGAAGUAUUGGAUCACCUUCAACAAUCCAUGGUCUGUAGCAGUGGAGGGCUAUGAGACAGGUGAGCAUGCUCCUGGACUGAAGCUGAGAGGAACAGGCGCCUACAGAGCUGCACAUCAUAUAAUCAAGGCACAUGCUAAAGUUUGGCACACGUAUGAUACACAAUGGAGGGGAAAACAGAAAGGUCUGAUCGGCAUCUCUCUGUCGGGGGACUGGGGUGAACCGGUGGACAUCAGCAACCAGAAAGACAUUGAGGCGGCUGAGAGAUAUGUCCAGUUCUGCCUGGGCUGGUUUGCCACCCCUAUCUUUUAUGGUGACUACCCUCAAGUAAUGAAAGACUUUGUAGGAAGGAAGAGUGCCCAACAGGGUCUGGGGACGUCUCGACUGCCCACCUUUUCCCCCCAGGAGAAGAGCUAUAUCAAGGGGACCUGCGACUUCCUCGGCAUUGGUCACUUCACCACUCGGUACAUCACCCAAAAGAACAACCCAGCAGUCCGUAGCAGCAGCAGCUACUUCACCGAUCGUGAUGUGGCUGAGCUGGUUGACCCACGGUGGCCCGAUCCCGGGUCGGAGUGGCUCUACUCUGUGCCCUGGGGUUUCAGACGUCUGUUGAAUUUUGUCAAGACUCAGUAUGGAAGCCCCAUGAUUUAUGUGACUGAGAACGGGGUCUCUGAGAAGAUGAUGUGCACAGAGCUGUGUGAUGACUGGAGGAUACAGUAUUACAGAGAAUACAUCAAUGAGAUGCUCAAAGCUGUCAAAGAUGGAGUUAAUGUAAAGGGCUACACCGCAUGGUCCCUGCUGGACAAGUUUGAGUGGGAUGAGGGAUACUCAGAGAGAUUUGGCUUGUACUAUGUGGACUUCAGGAAUAAAAACAAGCCUCGCUACCCCAAAGCCUCUGUGCAGUUUUAUAAACGCAUUAUCAGCUCCAAUGGAUUUCCAAAUCAAAGAGAGGUUGAAAACUGGAGAAGGAAGGCCGUUGAGAGCUGCUCCUCCAGCAACCAGCUGUUGGCUGCAGCUAGAAGAAAAUCCAAGGAACAUGCAGAAAUGCCAAAGGUUUGGCCAGUGCAUGAUGAAGUUUAAGACUCGGGGACCCUUUGACCAGCCACAUGGAGAUGGUAACUGAGAUCGUUGUCCCCACUGUUUGCACACUCUCUAUUUUGCUCUGUGCCAUCUUCCUUAUGUUCCUGCUGCGGAGGCGGAACUAGGUGUGCAUGUUUACAAUCACAAGCAUCAGCACGCACACACAUACACACACUGUACAUAAAUGCAAUGUAAGUACAUAAUUUCUUUAAUAGCUUAUGUGUGGACAAAAAUGCAUUGUUUUGAACACAACUUAAAGUUUAUCAAUAACAUGGAUUUGUUGUGCAUACAGUAUUUACUUAAAAAAACAGACAUUAACUGCAUACUUUAAAUUUUGACACAAACUGACAGUGUGAAUACAAUUGCAAUGCUCAAUUUUCUUAUUAGAAUGCUGCUGGACUUUAUUUUUAUCUGGAUGAAAGAGUUGUUUGGCAGAGUAUCUAAUGUGUUAAUAAAGGACAGGAAAUACACACAAAUGUACAGAGACUCAUAUUUGUUCACUAAAGACAAUAAACAAAAAUAUAUCGAUAGAAA